CAUGUUCACCGCAACAUGGCUGCUACCAUCGAGUGCGGCGCUGAUACAAACACUUCAGAAAACAGCAUGUCCGUGAAAAAGGCGCUGUCCGCAGUUUCUCCCCUCACUUUGCGAAUCGUUGCUGAAUGCCCGGUGACGAAAGCAAGAGCGUGUGAUCUAAUGCUGCCACACAGUGCUGUCAGCACCCCGGUUUUCAUGCCUGUCGGCACUCAGGGGACCAUGAAGGGGAUCACUGUGGAUCAGCUGGAUGGUCUUGGCUGUCAGAUUUGUCUUGGAAACACAUACCACCUGGGCAUGAGACCGGGGCCUGAUUUAAUUGAGAAAGCCAAUGGUUUACAUGGAUUCAUGAACUGGAAGAGGAAUCUUUUAACUGACAGCGGGGGGUUUCAGAUGGUGUCUCUCGUUGAGCUCUCGGAGGUCACUGAGGAAGGGGUGAAGUUCAAGUCCCCCUACGAUGGCAAAGAGAUCCUCCUGAGUCCUGAGAAAUCCAUCAGCAUACAGAACAGUCUCGGGUCAGACAUCAUGAUGCAGCUGGAUGAUGUGGUAAGCAGCACCAGGACAGGACCACGGGUGGAGGAGGCAAUGCACAGAUCCAUUCGCUGGCUGGAUCGAUGUAUAGCAGCCAAUAAAAAUCCAGACAAACAAAAUCUUUUUGCCAUCAUCCAGGGAGGACUGAAUGCAGAGCUGCGCAAGGCCUGUCUCGAUGAAAUGACUCAACGUGAUGUUCCUGGUUUUGCCAUCGGAGGACUGAGCGGAGGAGAGGAGAAGGAUGACUUCUGGCGGAUGGUCACUCUGAGCACUGACCACUUGCCACGAGAAAAGCCGCGAUACCUCAUGGGUGUGGGGUAUGCUGUGGAUUUGGUGGUGUGUGUAGCUCUGGGAUGUGAUAUGUUCGACUGUGUGUUUCCCACCCGCACUGCAAGGUUUGGCUCUGCCUUGGUGCCUUGGGGAUCUCUCCAAGUGAAACAAAAGCAGUAUGCCAAGGACUUCCAGCCCAUAGACCCAGACUGCCAGUGUCCCACCUGCAAGAGACAUAGUCGGGCUUACCUCCAUGCUCUGUUCAAGAGCGACACUGCAGCCAUGCAUCACAUCACCAUCCACAACAUUGCCUACCAGCUCACCCUGAUGCGCUCUGUGAGGCAGAGCAUUGUGGAGGGCCGCUUCCCUGAGUUUAUACGGACGUUCAUGAAGCGAAUGUUUCCCUCUCGCGACCAGUACCCCAGCUGGGCUGUGGACGCUCUAGCCUCUGUCAACGUUACAUUGGAUUAGAGCUUGGGAGGCAGCCGUCUCGCUCCAAAUGGGGAUGUCAAACAGUGACUGAAAGCUUUUAUAUCUUUUUAAAUGACUUUUUUUUUUUUUUUUUAUGGAUGAUUGUUUUCCACUCUUUGUUUAUAUUUGUAUAUGCAUUGCCAGUUUUGUUGGCAAUGAAGAAAAUGGCUUUUGAUCUGAAGGGAUAAAGCCAGAUUGUCUUUUGCUUUACUCAGCCUCUGCAAAUUGUCCUGAGUACACAUUAUCAUAAUGUGAGACUGAAUGGGGUUUAAAUGAGGUUUGAAACACAUGAACUAUCUCCUCUGAUAUGCGCCGACACUUUUUGUUGUUACCAUGGCUACAGAGCCAGGGGCACCCACUUGAAAUGUUUCUGCCUUCCUGUCAACCCCCGAGCACAUUACAGAGGUAUUUCAUUUUUUGCCAAAAGCACAAGAUUAAUAAAUGUAUGUGUAUUCUGGUGUUUUAACCUA